GUAUCCUAGCAACACGCGAGCGAGAGAAGCAGCCAUACCUACUCUGUCCCCGUCGUGUUCGGGACUUCAAGAAGAGGGAGUCGCCACACACCGCCACUGUUGACGUCAGUGUCACUGCAAACCUCCCUGGGGAGAGAAAGCUCUACUGCGGUGUAACAGACUGGCUGUAGAGGAGAGCGCGAGACAAGAGAGGAGCGCGUGAGAGGGGGUGGGCCCACAGGCACACGGCGGUCACAGCAAUGAAGAUCGAAGAAGUACAGUCGACAACCAAAGCCCAGCGAGUGGCCGUCCACACGCACGUCAAGGGCCUGGGCUUGAAGGAGAAUGGCGAGGCGAUGGGCGUAGGCGCGGGUCUCGUCGGGCAAGAGAAGGCCCGAGAGGCGGCGGGGGUGGUGGUGGACCUGAUUAAGGCGAAGAAGAUGGCGGGGAGGGCCUUGCUGCUGGCGGGAGCGCCCGGCACCGGGAAGACCGCGCUGGCUCUCGGGGUUUCGCAGGAGCUAGGGCCAAAGGUGCCGUUCUGCCCGAUGGUGGGGUCCGAAGUGUACUCGAGCGAGGUCAAGAAGACGGAGAUCUUGAUGGAGCACUUCCGCAGAGCCAUCGGACUUCGAAUCAAGGAAAAUAAAGAGGUCUACGAGGGAGAGGUGACGGAGCUAACGCCGGAGGAGACUGAGAACCCGCUGGGUGGAUACGGCCGGACCGUUUCCCACGUCGUGAUCGGCCUCAAGACCACGCGAGGCUUGAAGCAGCUCCGACUGGACCCGAGCAUCUACGAGGCUCUGCAGAAGGAGGGAGUGGCCGUCGGAGAUGUAGUGUACGUGGAGGCUAACAGCGGCGCUGUCAAGCGGGUCGGUCGAUCGGACGCCUACGCGACGGAGUUCGAUCUGGAGGCGGAAGAGUACGUACCCCUGCCCAAGGGAGAGGUCCACAAGAAGAAGGAGAUCGUGCAAGACGUUACCCUCCACGACCUGGACGUUGCGAACGCACGCCCUCAAGGGGGUCAGGACGUCCUUAGCAUGAUGGGACAGCUCAUGAAGCCCAAGAAGACGGAGAUCACGGAGAAGCUCCGGACGGAGAUCAACAAGGUGGUGAACCGAUAUAUCGACCAGGGGGUGGCGGAGCUGGUGCCGGGCGUGCUGUUCGUGGACGAGGUGCACAUGCUGGACAUCGAGUGCUUCACGUACCUCAACAGAGCGCUGGAGUCGAGCCUCAGUCCCAUCGUUAUCUUCGCGACGAACCGCGGCGUGUGCACGAUCCGCGGUACGGAUGUUCUCGCUCCCCACGGCGUUCCGGUUGACCUGCUGGACCGCAUGCUUAUCAUCCGCACCAUGCCUUACAGCAUACCAGAGAUGGAGAUGAUCGUCUCGAUCCGAGCUGAGGCAGAGUCUAUCGAGGUCGAGCCCGAGGCCUUGACCGCUCUCGGGAAGAUUGGUGCCGAGACCUCUCUGCGGUACGCCGUCCAGAUGCUUACGCCAGGACGCAUUCUCGCAGAAACGAGCGGUAGGAAAAAGAUUAAUAUCGGGGACGUGGAGGAGGUGGACGGGCUCUUCCAUGACGCCAAGGCGUCCGCGCAGCUGCUCGCCGACGACGCGGAGGGGUACCUUCACUAAAUUUAUUUUCCAAAUCAACCGCAUGGGCGUCAGGAUUGCUUCCGGCAUCGGCAAUGAUGGAUGGCGUACAUAGAUGACGCAGAGGGGUACCUCGCCUAGAUUUAUUUUCCAAACCAACCACAUGGGCGUCAGGGUUGCUUCCGGGGUCGGCAAUGGUGGAUGGCGUGCGUAGAUGACGCAGAGGGGUACCUCGACUAGGUUUAUUUUCUGAGCCAACCAUGUCAUGUUUGGGCGGCAGGGUUGCUUCCGGCGUCGGCAAUGGUGGAUGGCGUACAUAGAUGACGCAGAGGGGUACCUUCACUUGCGUUUUUUUCCUACACCAACAAUGUUGUUGGGUACAUCAGGAUUCUUGCUUUGGGUACAGGCAAUGAUGGAUGGCCUACACACGGCUACUUAUUUUUCGGCAUUGUUCCAAGAGUAGCAAACAAACGCGGAGAGAUUUUGUGUGUUUCGAAAUUCGCCCCCACACAGAAUGCCGGGCGGGGGCAUCCCCUGGUCGGCAGACCCCGCUUCUUGAUCGACAGUGGGGGGCCCUGUUUUUGUGCCGGUGCCCGCUGUAGGACCGGCAAGCACAGACUGAAUCAUCACCAAGUAAUUCUGCACUUUG